AUGUCUGCCAUUCACCCUUCUCGGAAGGCUUAUGUCGAAGAUGAUGACUCCGAUAUGCUCGAUCUCAACAAUGUCCCAAUCGACCGCGACUACAACAUUCCCUCGACGGCACGCGCAGGUGUCGCCCCGGAAAAAGCCUCCGCUAUCAUCUCACAAAUGGAGCGCAAAAAGAAGGCCGCGGCUAUUAUUGUCCCCACUGACGACGGCCGGGUACGUGCUCGACUCCGGGAGCUCCAAGAACCUAUAACACUCUUCGGAGAAGGUCCAGCCGAUCGUCGAGAUCGACUCCGGGAGCUGCUCUACCAUAUACAAGAAGGGACAUCUAGGGAGGCUGGUGGUGAGGACACAGAUAUGAUUGGUGGGGUGUCAUCGCCUGAGGCGGACGAGGACGAGGACGAGGAGUUCUACACUCCAGGGGAACCGGCGCUACUGGAGGCACGAAGAUGGAUGGCAGGAUACUCAUUGCCGAGAGCGAAAGAGCGAGUAGAGAGGCAAAGAAUGGAGGCGGGGGUGCCACUACAAAAGCAUAUCAAACACAGACGGGCGAUCAAGGAGCGGCUAUCAGGGUACCAAGUUCUUGGGUCACAAUUGGCCGGGGAGCGUGCAGUCUCAAUAGCACGGUUUUCUCCAAAUAGCGAGAUCAUUGCAGCGGGGUCUUGGAGCGGGAGUAUCAAGCUCCUCGGCGUGCCAAAUAUGGAGGAUAAAGGUCUCCUUAGGGGCCAUACUGACCGUGUCGGAGGUCUCUCCUGGCAUCCACAGGCUACUGUUUCUCUGGACGCAUCAUCCGCUAAUAUCGCGUCCGGAGGCGGCGAAGGCAAUAUUCACCUUUGGUCCCUCACACAGGAUCUUCCUAUCGCUACGCUUUCGGGACACUCCGCACGUGUAGCUAGAGUAGAACACCAUCCGAGUGGGAACUACCUUGCCUCAGCUUCAUUUGACACAACAUGGCGUCUAUGGGAUCUCACAACGCAAAAAGAACUGCUCCUACAGGAAGGUCACAGUAGAGAGGUCUACUCUGUUGCCUUCCAGUCCGACGGUGCGUUGAUCGCUUCUGGCGGACUUGACUCCAUUGGUCGUGUGUGGGACCUUCGGACAGGCCGCACGAUAAUGGUCCUUGACGGGCAUAUCCGAGAAAUAACAGGUCUUGCCUGGAGCCCCGACGGGUACCGUGUUGUUAGUUCCUCCGGCGAUGCAGCCGUCAAGGUCUGGGACGUACGUAUGGUACGAUGUACAGCCACAAUCGGGGCUCACAAAGGGCUGGUAUCAGAUGUCCGAUUCUUUUCUGGGAAACCGGAUGGUGUCGAUGAGAUGGAAGGGGGGGCUGCGGAUGUUAUGAGGGCAGAGGGAACAUAUUUCGUCACCAGUGGGUUCGACGGGAAUGUCAAUAUCUUUUCGACGGAUGAUUGGGCGUUGGUCAAAAAUUUGAGCGCACAUUCAGGGAACGUCAUGAGCGUGGAUGUAAGCAGAGACAAUAGGUUUAUUGUGAGUAGUGGGCAGGAUAGGACUUGUAAGCUAUGGGCCAGGGAGGAUAUCGAGCUAUAG